UUAGAUGACGUCAAGGUCAUACGUACAAAAGUGCACGAUCGGUUCGGUGGUGACGAUCGUACGAGAAGUGGAAGAAAAAUGUCUCGAGCAAGGCGACCAAAAAAUCCUUUUGAUGAUGAUGAUGAAGCAAAUGAUUUUGUCGUCCUCCCAAGGGGAACAUCAAGGCCCUCAGAGAAGAAAUAUCCUUACGGGGACUUUGGCGUUGAGGAGGAAGACGAGGAUGGCACAGACAGCGGGUUUUCCUUUCAAAGCCAAAUCGAAGAACGACAGCAGAAUAUGCUACAGAGUACAAACCGAUCCCUUGGAUUAAUGUACGAAGCAGAGAACGUAGGAAAUGAAACCGCUCACGAGUUGUUAAGGCAAGGGGAACAGCUCAGAAAUGUUGAGAAGAAAUUGGACAAAAUGAACAAAGACAUCGACACUUCUAAAAAGCAUGUUACAUCAUUGCGCAGUGUCUUUGGUGGUGUGAUCAACUACUUCAGCAAGAAGCCGGAAACAGAUAAAGCAGAGGAACAGCCGCAGGGACCCAGCAAGCUGGAGACUCUGGUUGGUGGCCGGCGGGAUGCAGAAAAGGAAGGGCAGGAUUGUAUGGAACACCCAGCCAUGAGGUUAAGAGACCCCAGUGCGAGGAGCUACAACAGUAGAUAUGACACCUCAGGAUUUGAGGAAACAUCAUCAUCUUCUGUACGGGGCACCAACUACAACUCAAGCAUGCAAAAGUUUGAGGAGAAACUUGACAGUAAUUUAGAUGAAAUGUCCAGUGGACUUGCUCGACUCAAAAACCUGGGCAUGGGCUUGGGUGAUGAAAUCGAUCGCCAGAAUGAUGACAUUGACCGCAUCACAGGCAAGACGGACAGAUUAGACACACGCAUUGAAGGAGUCAACACUGACAUCAAAAAGAUCCUGCGCAGAUGAAGAUGUGCGUAGGCCACAAAGCCUAUGAAUGUUAUUUGUGUGAAGUCAAGUUUGUGAAUGUAACGUUGCCCCAAUGCCCAAAUUGAUGUAACAUGUUAGCAUGUAAUUUGUUGCAAUAAGAACACACCUUACAAUUUCCCCACUUUUAUAAAUGAGCUUUUAAUUGGUGUAAUCUGAUGACAGUAUGGAGAACAGGUUGGUGGGCAGGUCUAGAUGAAAGACUGGAAAUGUUGCUUCAUCUGCGUGAAUUGCCUCCGAGUCACAGACCAUCUUGUUGUAUUCCAUAAUUCACCUCUUGUAUGAAAUUCUAACAGAGUCCUUGGCUUUCAAUUUCAGAAGCUUAAAGCUCAAAAGAUGGUGUAAAAUACCUCUUAGCAGAACGAAAUUACCUCAUACUUUACGCAUGUAUGCAAGUACAUGUACAGUGUUUCUCUUAAACAGAAUGUGGAAAUCCUGAUUAUGAGAUCGCGGUUUUUGGUUGAGAAAGCAUUAGUUUAAAAACAUUUUUAUGGAUUUUCGCCUCAUCUCAGCUUUGUCUGUCUUUGGCCUGAAGUAUCUGGUGAAUUUUGUCCUGGAAGUUUGGAGUUAAGAUCCUUAUAGCUUCUGCUACAAACACACUCGUUUGUCUGCUUUAAGAUCAUGGUUUACUAUCGAUUGUGGACAAAUUGUGAAAGAUUUGAAAAAAGGCAGUGUUAUAUAUCUGUGAAGGACGUUAUUGUUUGAAAUAUCUAUUUUAACAUUUAAAACGUGCUUCAUUUGAUUGUGGUUGGAUUAUGUUAUCCAUUAAGGAUCAAAAUUGAGUUUAGUUGUUUAAACUUUAUUUGUAAAAGGUUUAAAAUAAAAUGCACGAAGGCCCUAGUUGUACUUCCCAA